AUGAAUCAAAAUUUGGAUUAUAUGGAGGAGUAUGGGGAUGGAACUUUUGAAUUACAGGCAACAAUACUUCCAAAUGAAUGUAGUUAUCCUAUUGGAAGUUCUUCAUAUAAAAAUGCUGCAAAUGUCCGUUAUUUAUUUCGGCAUGGAAUAAUUAAUUGGCCCAAUUUUACUCAUUGUUUACCCAAUUGUGGACUUUGUACACAAUUUGCUUCAGAUCAUGCCUACCAAAUUUAUAAUUUGGUAGUUAUUGGGUUUCUUUUACCAUUUAUUAGUUUAUGCGGCCUUUGCGGCAAUAUACUCUCCGCUUUUAUUUAUAGCAGACCUGCUCUACGUCAUUCCUACACUGGAAGUAUUUAUUUAUCUGCUUUAGGAUGCUCAGACACAGCUGUGAUAUUGACUGCUCUUUUUCUUUUCUUUAUUGACUCAAUUAGACGGUAUUCAUUAAAUCUCUCAAUUUUAUAUGGAACUCUUUCCCCUGUUGUAUAUCCAGCUGGGAUGAUUGCACAAACUUGUUCUGUUUAUUUUACAAUUGUUGCUGCUGUUGAUUGUUUUGUUCAAGUUUGUAUGCCAUCAAAAAUAAAAAGAUUAUUUUCAAGUCAAUUAUUUACAAAAUGUUUGGCUAGUGGAAUUCUUGCAUUUGCCUUUAUUUAUAAUAUUCCUUAUAUGCUCAUUUAUUACAAAUAUAUGUAUGCAAUCUUUUUGGCUGUUGGCCCAUUAAUAGUUUUAAUUGUUUUGAAUAUUAUUGUUAUUAUUGCUACUGUUUUUUGUAAAAAGGGAAAUUCUGCUGAUAAUUUGGCUUUAAUACUUGUUGUUUUGCUUUUUAUUUUAUGUAAUACUGUUGCUUUGUUAAUUAAUAUUUUUGAAACACAUUUAGCGUCUUCAAUGUCUUGGAGAAUUAAUUAUAUAAUUGAUAUAUCUAAUUUACUUGUAGUUUUUAAUUCAAGUUUCAACUUUGUUAUAUAUUAUAACUUUUCUCGUCCUUUUCGUUGCACAUUUUCUCGUCAUUUUGGGCCAACAACUUCUCCACAAAAAUCCCAUUCUUCUUUAUGUGGUCAUUCUACAAUUAUGAGACAUCAUACACUUGACUACACAAAUAAAUCAAGAAUUUCAAAUGGAUCAAAAAAUUGGCAAAAUGGAUUUGUUUUACAAAAAUGUACACGUUCACAAUCAUUAUCAGCAGUACCCUCAACAACACCUUUUAUAAUGGGUACAAGUUCAAAUGAAUAUUGCAAUAGAAGGGAAAUAAUUGGAAAUCAAGAAAGAGAUACUUUAAACGAAGAAAAGUUAAAAGUUGAAGAUUUUAGGAAGGAAACAAUUUUGGAGGAAGGAGGAGAGAAUUUUACUCACAAAAUAAAGAUAAAAAAUUCAAACAAAACAAUUAACAAUGCCCACCAACAACAACCCCAACAAAAUCCUUUAAUUUCUUCAAAUAUUAAAUCAAAACCUAAAGUAAAUUGCACAGUAUCUCACAACCAACAAAAGUGUAUUGACCGUUCAAGUAGUGGCUCAUCAGGGAUUUCUGUUUAA